AUGAAAACGGUUCUCCGCUUGCUGACUUUAUCGCAGAGCAUACAUGCUCUUGCUUUCAACCUUGCGCUAGCAGCCGCUAUCGAGCGCAGCGGUCGUCCGACACCGACAAUAACGAAGACGAUCUAUCAUACAGAAGUACAAAGGUUGUCUAACAAUUACAUGAGCUAUUGUGGUAGGAGCGGAGGCGCAAUCUCCAACAAAUCUGCAGCUUCUUCCAUCGAGAGGAUCGUCGAGGACGAGAGUAUUUAUGCAGCCUCAUCAACACUACCAGCAUACCUCCUGCCGAGGAAGCCUGGUGGAGAAAUGCCGACGGUUUCUCAACUACCCGUGACAGGCGUGCCUGGUAUCUUCAAUACGAAGGAGGCCGGACCCAGAUCUUCGAAUUAUGCCAUUAAGCACGGCCGUACUGUGAAUCCCGAAUUUGGGACUAUCAACACUAGAAAUGCCAACCUCUACAAUCUCAGGGUUGCUCUUGCGCCUGGAGGCUACAUCUUCGUCUAUAUGCCUAACAGUACAGCCUCCACGUUCUGUGAAGGCCAGGUAGAGCGAGGAUCGGACGUCGGGCCGAAGGUGCGUGAACUGUAUCUCGCUGUUCUAAACGCUAAAAAGGAAGUCGCCAUACCAGUUCACGGAGAGGAUGUUGCUAGCUUUUGCCUCGAGUUUGAUAGUACAGAGAACAUCGACAGCCCAAUGAGUAGCAAAGCUGCUGAAAGCUCGGGGGCAACAGCUUCGUCGUCCAAGGAGAAGGCGACGACAACCUCGAGUAGUGAUGAGUCUUCGGAGAGUACACGGAGACAAUCCAAACACACGUCUUCCAAAGCAACAGCUUCAGAGGUUGACUCUGACACUUCGUCAUCGACUACCAAAUCUCGAAACUCGUAUACUGAAGACAAUGGUGAUGGUUCGGAGACCUCCGAGUUUGCAAAGCACGCAUCCACUUCAAUGAUUUCUUCGGACCCUAGUUUGAUCACCCUAGUCUCAGCAACUGAUAUUGCCAGCAAGACCAAAGCUAAGUCAUUAUCGAGCGAAGCCAGUGGAGAUACACCAGAUGCAGUUGAAUCUUCACUUACUUUGACGAAAAGAAAAUCCACGGAUGUCGAAUCCUCCAAGUCAGAAACAAGAACUACCUCACAUUCGACCAAGACGGAGUCCAAAACUUCCGAGGAUGAGCAGACUGAAGAUACUUCAAGUUCUACACCAUCACUGAAGAAGAACCACGGUUCACACACAAUAUCGACCGACUCAGAUGCUUCGUUCACGCUUAGAGCCACACCAGCUGCACUCCCUGCCAGUACUACCCCGGAUACAAGCACAGACGAACUCUUCACUGUAUCAAGCAUGAAUUCGUGGUACCCCUACAUCAGCGAAUAUCUAGAGACUGCCACAGACUCGACACUCACCGCAGACAGUGCCGAGUUGUCUCCCAUUACGACUACCGACUCUAUAAAUGGGGUUGUGAAACUUGGCAGAAGAGUAGCGCUUACAGCGGCAGUGCAGAGUACCGGGGCGGAACACGUGCCCCAUUUGACGGACUCGAGCAUGAACUACAACUCCUAUUACAGCUGGGUAGGCACCGUUUCUACUAAGCAGCUCUCCGACCAUGGCAAAACCUCUCCAACGGGGAUCUCAGUGCCGUCGACUAACGCUGCGAUGAAGCGACUCACGUCACCUUUUCUAUUCUGGCGCCGAGAUAAUAAAGUUCGUUCCACGGAAGUCCUCAACUCAAGAAUGAAAGGCAGUGGUCCAGAUGACGAGCCAGAGCAGGAAAAGAAGGAGUUCUUCAAUAUCGCUGUGGAGGACAAAGAACCUACCAGAGUCAUUGCUGAUACAACUAGAGUGAAAUAUGAGGAGGCACUUGCAACGGAAUUAGCGCACAAGCAGCAAGAUGACGAGAUGGAAGACGACGAUGAUGAUGUAAAUGAUGAAGAUGAGGGAGAAGCAAAUGCAGCCGACGAAGAACAGACACCAGACGAAGAAGCUGAGCCUGACAUGGAAGACAAUGGCGAUGAAGACGAGGAACCCACAUCUACCAAGAGUGAAUCAUCACAUACCAAGACUUCUGCAGACCACGAUGACGAUGCCGACGCCACUCCAACUACAGGCACAUCUGCAGACGUCAACGACGAGAAUACACCGACAAAGAGUAACCCUGCAGACGACGCUGAGGAACCCACACCCACAUUCAAGGCAAUCGACGAUACUCCACCUGAAGACAAUGGCGAUGACCUUGACAAUGACCCCUCAACCAUGCCCUUCUCUCACAAAUCCAAAGCAAACAUCCCCUCACUUGCUGCCGGCGUAUCUUUUGAAUUCCCCCCCACAACAACAACAACAUCAUCACCGCUUCACGCACCAACUCCCGCACCAACAGCCAAAGCCUCUAUACCCACAGAGCCGAUAAUUUGGGACCCGGACUGCCCCCAAUUUAGCACUUCCAUCAUGACCGCACCCGACGGUCUCCCCAGUACUGUACCCAUGGCUGUGGGGUUGGGAUGUUGGCGCGCCUUUCUGCCGUCCUCUUUGAACAACAAGAACGAGACGUCUGGUACCGCUGCGCGACCGCUACAUGCAACACCAAGCGCAGGGAGCAUUUUUUCAGACGCUCAAAACAGGCAGUUUGGUGUCUUCUGCUGGUGUGUUAUUGGAUUUAUCUUCGUCCAGUUCUUGUAA